UUGGACAAACCGAACAUUCCAGUGUAACUUUGAAGGAAGACACUGAAACUACAGAGACAAAUCCAUCUGACUCAAGCACCAAGGACACUGUAGAUGCUGAGAAAGAGGAUGCUCAUUCAAUUAAACAGUUGCCAGCUUCGGAAGAAGACGCAGAAGACCACACGUCUGAGCCACAGUCUUAUGAUCUGGGGUUUAAAAAGGUUUUUAAAUUUGUUGGUUUCAGAUUCACAGUGAAGAAGGAAAAGACAGGAAAAUCGGAACCUGUCCAACUGCUUACUGUGAAGAAGGAAGCACAAGAUGCUGAAGGAACCGAUGAUCAAAAAGAAGUCAUCUCAGAAGAAACAGCAGUGCCUGAGGAUGCACGCUCUGCAGAAGCCAACACCAAAGAUGCAGUGAGGAGUGAAAAACCAGAAGAUGAAUCUCCUAAAAUAUCAGAAGCAAAUGAGAUUUCUUCUCAGUCAGCUGCCUUAGCCACUGAUACUGCAUCGCCCCUAAGAAAACUUUUUACUCAAGGAUGGACUGGCUUUAGAAAAAAGAAGAGUUUUAGAAAGCCUAAAGAAGAUGAGCAACAGUCUCCUACAAAAGAAGAGGAGCAAGGAAAAGAGGGGACGACAUUAACAACUGAAACCAGUGAAAAGGAGGAGAAAUCUGAGUUUGAGAAGCAAGAUGCAGAAAAGAAUGUGACAGCAGUAAGUAUUGAAGCACAUGAGAAGGAGCAAGCUGAAGGUGAAAAGCAGGAGUCAGAAAAGACUGUGGCAGCCAUGGGAGUGGAAGAAAGUGAGAAGGAAGAACUAGUCAAGCAUGAUGAGCAGGGACAAAAAGAGGAUCUAGCAGCAGCAGCUGUAGAAGAAAGUGCAGAGGAGAAAAAAGAUGAAGAUGAUCAGGAAAGGAAACUGGGGGAAGUUGCAGAAGAUCUUGGUACAAAGGAAGUAAAAAAUGAAGAAGGUGAGGGGACAGAGAAACCACUAAAACCAAAACCAGUCGUACCCAUUGUCGCUGACAGUGUGAAUGGUGAACUGAAAACAUCCUCAGAAGUUCUACCUGUGGGAGAAAAACUGGAGUCAAUGGACAAGUCUGAAACAGAUGACAGAACUGAAGUAUCCUCUGAAGAGCAACUUGAAACAGGGUCUCUGGCAAUUGAAAUUUCUAGUGAACAGCUAAAAGAAUCUGAAGGAAAAGAAGGAAGUAAACCUGCUCCUCUUGAGAAAGAGAUGCUCGAUGAAAAAACGGAGGAAGCUGAAUUGAAAAUGUCACCCACAGCACAAGGCAUCACACAAGGUGAAGCUCCAGAUAAGAAAGAAAGCAAAGAACAUGAGACAAAACUGAGUCUGAGUGCUCCUGGAUUGAAGUCCUCUUCUACUUUUGAUACAGAGGAUGAUCAACAGUCAGUCAAACCCACUGAUGAAGGACUACAGGAAAAAUCUGGCGUAGUUGGGACUGAUACUGUCAAACCAGAUGAAAUAACCAUGGAAGGAACUUCUGAAGAGGCAGCUGGAAAGAGGCCUCUGGAAGGUAUCACAAAUGAAGCUGAACUCCUGUCUUCUCAAGAAAAGACUAAACUACAAGGCAGCCCUUUAAAGAAACUCUUCACAGGUACCGGCUUAAAAAAACUGUCUGGAAAGAAGCAUAAAGGCAAAAGAGAAGAAUCUAAGUUAGGGGAACAGGGUGAACCAGUUCAGCACUUAUCAGAUUCCCCAGAUAGCCCAGAGGAACAAAAAGGAGAGAGUUCUGCUUCUUCUCCUGAGGAGGCGAAUGAAAUUCCUUCUUUAGAAAAACCUGCAGAUGGAAUGCAGGUCACUGAAAAUGAAGAUGGGGCAAUUCCAGAUGUGGAGCGAAAAAGAGAAAGUGUUACACCCUGGGCAUCAUUUAAAAAGAUGGUGACUCCCAAGAAACGUGUCAGAAGACCUUCUGAAAGUGAUAAAGAAGAAGAAAUUGAUAAGACAAAGAGUGUUGCAGUGUCUGCAACUGAAAAUGUUAUUGAUGAAAAUGAGGGAGAAUUAAAAGAAAACGGGAUUGACCAGAAACCAGAGAAAACCACAGAAGAGCCCAAAAGAAAGGUUGACACAUCUGUGUCCUGGGAAGCUUUUAUAUGUGUAGGCUCUUCAAAGAAGAGAGCCAGGAGAUCAUCAUCAUCUGAUGAAGAAAGCCAAAAAGUAGAAGAGUCUGGACAGAGCAAAGAAGCAACAACAGAUGCAAUUCUUACUAGUUCUCAGGAAAGCGAUCAAGGACAAGGGAAUUCUUCCCCAGAACAAGCUGGAAGCCCAUCCGAAAGUGAAGGUAUUUCAACCUGGGAAUCAUUUAAAAGGUUAGUCACUCCAAGAAGGAGAUCUAAAACCAGAAUGGAGGAGAGAACUGAAGAUUCUGUUGUGGGAUCUAGCCUGGAGCAUUCAACAUCAGAUGGUGAGCCUGGAAGAGAUGAAUCGUGGGUUUCAUUUAGAAAAUUGAUGCCUGGGCGUAGGAAGAAAAAGUCAGAUGGAAAAGCAGAACCGACUCAUCUUAAACAAGCAAGAGAAAUGGCAGAAAUGGCUGAAGAAGAUUCUGAUAUUCCAGCUGUUGUUCCUUUAGCUGAAUAUGAUGCAGCAGAGCAGGAAAAAAUUGAAGCUCAGCGAGCGAAAGAUGCUGAAGCGAUGAGAGCACAAACCUCAGAGGAAAAGAGAACAGAAAAAUUAGAGGAGACACUGAGAAUUGAGCAAGGACAUGAAGGACUGGUACAUGCAGUUACUGUUACUGUUGUGGAAGGGGAAAGGGCAGUUACCAGCAUUGAGGAAAGGUCACCAUCUUGGAUAUCUGCUGCUCUGACAGAGUGCAUUGAGCAGGCAAGAGAAGAGGAAGAGAGAGAAACUGGGAAGACAGCUGAAUCGGAUGUUACUGUGGAAGAUGCAGUGGUAGCUGCUAAGACAGUGCUAGAGACAAGAAAGGAUGUAGGUGAUGACACCACAGCAAGUGAGCUGGAGCUAACCUCGGAAGCAGUGACAGCUCUGGAGACAGCAGAAGCUUCCUGUGCUGAAGAAACAAUGGAAGUGUCCCUUGCUGAGGAGACAACCGAGAUGGUUUCUGCUGUUUCACAGUUGUUAGAAACCCCAGAUACUACAGAGGAAGCUACACCUGUUCAAGAAGUAGAGGCCACUGAACAAAAUUUGAAAGAAUUAGACAAACAGACGCAAAAAAUUCUUCAGGAAGUUGCUGAAAAAGUUAAGUCAGCAGAUACAGCACAGCUGGUUAGUGCAAGAACCAUGACAGAAACUGUAGUUACAGUAGUACAGGGACUUGAUUCAGAAGCGAAAGAUGAUGCUAAAGAUGAGAAUGUUGUAAGCCAGAAAACUAUUUUGCUUGAACAGACCUUGGAAAAAGUAGAAGACAAGGAAGAUGGCCUCCAGCCCCGGGGAAGUGCAGGGAGCAUUCAGGGCCAAAACAGAGUUGAAGAGAGUCUUUUACAUGAAAGUUCAGAGAAAAGUGAAAUAUCUGCUGCACUGGAAGAAAGCGCAGAAGGAUGUAAAAGUGUAGGUGUAUUGAAAGAUGAAAGCCAGUCAUGUGAAGAAACAGUUGUGGAAGACCAUGAAGACAUAUCUGAAGUGCAGAGGACAGUAGAGGAGUGUUCAUCACACGACAGAGAGCCUUCAGAACAAGAGAAACUGCCUGUAACAGAAUUGACAGUAGAUGAGAUGAGAGACGAAUGUGUCCCAGAAGAACAGACUGCAGUGCAGGACAAGACAGAGGAUGAAACCUCUUACUUGGGGCUUGCAGCUGGAGAGCAUGUGCAGCUUGAAGGCAAAACCCUCACUGUGGGGCCAGAGUGUGCAGAAGCAGUUGUUGCUGUGGUCCCUGUUGAACCUGAAAGACAAGAUGAAAUUCCUGACUUAGACUCAGCAGAGCAAGUUUGUGUUAAAGGAAUUCCUAGCAGGGCACCUAUCCUGAGAGAGGAAGAUGAUGCUGUGCUCCUUGGAGUAAAAAGCACAGAAGUCACUGUUACUGAGGUUCCACUGCAGAAUGAGGUAAAAAUCUCUGCUGUUCCAUCAGAAACAAUGGGCUCAGAAGCAGCUGCAGAUGCUCAGCAGAGAGUGAGUGAUGGGGACAUUGCAGUGAAAGAUUCUGUGCCCUCCCUAGAGCUACAAUGCAGAGAAAAACUAACUGAAACCUCCAUCCAGAGUGGUGAAACCAAAGGUGGUGAAAUGGAAGAUGCUGUGCUCAAAACUGAAACAUGCUUGGAGAGUGAUACCACUGUAACUGAGGCUCCCACGCCAAGUGAAGCAGACAGUGUAUCCCAUUUAGCAUCAACAUGCCCAGAUAUCACUGAAAAUGGAAGUGCUGUCAUCACUGAUACAAGUCCUAAGAAAUGUGAAACACCCAGCAACUUGGCUGAAGAAGAGACUGUGGGAAAAGAACAAGAACUUGUAGAAACCUUGAACUGUCAAGACUUUCAGAAAGAAGAUAACAAAAAUGAGCAAUUGAUGGAAAGAGCCAAAGAAGUAUUUGAAUCUGGAGAACGAGAAGCUGUGAGACAUGAUGAAUGUUCAGCUGCUGUCCAGCAAGAGGUUUUAACUAUGCAAGAGGAAGGCUCUGACUCAGCCUUCCCACAGGCUGAAAGCUUGGAGGCUCAGAAAAUGCCUGUGCCUCUAGCAGCUGCAGCAGUUGGAGAGCAUAUUGUGGCAGAAACCACAAUGCCCACAGACAUGACGGCCAAAACUAUACAGCCUUUGGCAACUGCACCAGAGCAAAUGGUUUCUGAAGAGAUUUUGAUUACUACUGUUGACUGUUCAGACUAUGGGACUGCAGAGCUUGGUAGUGUGGAGGCACCUCGGCCUCAAGUAACUCCUGAUUCCAUGAACGGAGUAUCAGAGGAGCAAGAGAAGCCUCAGAGCACUUGGCAGCCUGAACAAAAUGGUAUUCCUUUCAGUGACAGUCUGUCUCUCAGACACACAGAAUUUGUGAAGGAUGCUGUUCAAUCUGUGACUAUAGAGUACCAGAGUACAGAAAUUGUAUUGAAUGCUAUCCAGUCAGCUGUCCACAAACUUGCAGAAACAGAAGAGUCAGAGCAGAGCAUUAAGUCUGUAGGAGGGAAAAGCCGAUAUAAAAAGUCAAUACCUGAACUUCUGGCAAGUACGCAGGCAGAUCAACUUCCAGUAAAAGAGGAAGAGAUACGAAGUGAAGAACAAGAGCUCCAGCAACCCGGAAUAGUGAAAGCUGCUAUCUUAACAGAGUCUGCAGAAAUUCAUGCAGCUAUAGAAAAACAAAAGGACAUGCAUUUAGCUUUCAAGAUGCUCAAAGAUGGACAAAGUCAGAAUUCUUUAACAGUUGUGACUUGCCCUGAAGACAUUUCAGGGGAAAGUGUGAGACUUCAGAAAUCAACACUAGAACAAAGUACUUCAGAAGAUUCAACCAAAGAUCCCCUAGACAUACACACAGCAAAAUUAAGGGAAAAAGAGGUUGGGCACAUUAUGGAAAUCCCAGACCAACACAGAGGUCAGCAAACACACAGAGAAAGUGAAGAACAACGAUACCACUCGCCAGUAGAAGAUGGGAGAACACAAAUGUGGGAGGAUGAUAGUUGCCAGGAAGGGACAUCUUGUGAUAGACAAAGUCAGAACUCAGUGGCUCUGACACCUUGAAUAUGUGCUAAGCAUCCAUGUGGCAUUUGGAGAGAUGCCAGUCCUAGACAACAACUGACAAUCCUGCGACAGAACCAGGAGCUUUAUUCACUACCCUUUAUUCUUGGAUGUUAAGAUCUGCUCUUGAAGACCUCACCUUGUCAUUUCUAUUGAAAAACCAAUGCCUUUAAUGUUGGCUAUAUCCACACCUGUGUUCCAUUCGAAGGUCAUUUGUCUCUGCCCAAAAUAAUCCUUUUAGACUGGAGGUGCACCACUGAGCGAAUGGGCAGACCACUAGAAUUUGUGCCACAGUUAUUACUGUCCCCUCAAUUUAUGUGUGUCCUUUCUGUCCCAUCUCCUUGAAUCCCUCCGCUCAUCCCUGAGUUUCCCUCCCCUUCUGUAGUCUCCCUUACCCCUCACAUCUUCCGUAGAUGCCUUGAUCUGACCU